AUGGAACCCAAUGGACCGGCUGUCAACGCAUGCACUAGUGGUGACUGCGGCUCAGAAAUGGAAAUGAAAGGCAUUCCCAAGGCCGUAUUCAUGGAGGACGUCGACGCGUAUCUGAAAGCAAAUAAUUUUGGUACACUGAUGGAGGCUGGUCGUGCCUUUGAAGAACUCCACCAAAAAUAUCAACUUAUAGAGCGCGCCUUACUACAAAGGAAGCUUCGAUUAAUGCAACAACUUCCUGACAUUCAAAAAACACUUGCUGUAGUUAGACAAUUGCAGAAAAAAAACACUGAUUUGGAUGUUACUUUUGAAGUCUCCAACCAGUUGUUUGCUCGCGCUCACAUACCAAAAGCUGAUCGUGUGGGUCUGUGGCUGGGGGCAAAUGUGAUGCUAGAAUACAACUUGGAGGAAGCCGAAAAGAUUUUGAUGGAGAACGAAGAUUCAGCGAAACAGUCUCUAGCUGAUGUGGAUCGAACAUGGGAGUUCUUGAAAGAGCAGACCACAAUAGUCGAAGUGAAUCUGGCUCGAUUGCACAAUCUGUCAGUGAAGCAAGGACGGCAAACCCAGGCUGCCGCGGGCACUGCCUAA